UCAUAUUGCACAAUACCGUCUGCGGUACAUAACCGAGAAAACUAACUGUAUUUUUUAUUCUAUUGAAAUAAAACAGUUCUAUUGAGGAUAAAGUUAAUAAUUGAAUAUGAUGUUUGUUACGCUUUCAUUGCUUUCCCUAACCUUGGGUCUACCUGGCUGGGCAGCGGUCAUCUCGCCUACUCAGACGACUCUCUUGGACAACAUGGUCCAACUGUUUGAAGGCCUCAACACCACUGCUGAGAUGGUCGUGGACAAUCUGCAGGAAACCAGGCAACAGAAAUUAGAAUGCACUACUCUGUUCGAAGCAAGCAAAUGUUUACAAACAGCAACGCUGGACGUCUUCAGCAUUCUAUUAAGUCCAAACUUCAUUUACUACCCCAGAGAUUUGCAAGGAUCGUUUUGCGAGGCUUAUGUUAAAUACCAUUAUUGCUCAAAGCCUCACCUUGCUGGGUGUCCAGUUCUGUCCACUGUUAUCUUUGACAUGUUCGACGGAUUCUUCCAGUUUUUGUGUUCACCGGAAGGAUAUGACCAGUUCAUUAAUGUUCUACCAUGUCUGAGAAACUACGGUUUCGCUCUGAAAAUUGGACAGUGCAGCGCAGUGAUACCAAAAGUAGUCCACGAAGCAGAUUUAUGCACGUUGCCUGACGGGUACACAGCUUGUUUGGUCCAGGCAGCGAAUACUUCUUGUGCCGCGCAUGCUGACGUAGAUUUGUUGAAUGCCCUGGAGAGGAUGUUUAAACCCUAUAAAACAUUAGUGUGUCCAGACACUACAACCACUACCAUCAAAACGCCAGACACGACUACAACCACAACGUCUGUUAUUAUUACCACUACAGAAGAAACUAAAACUGCCGAGGUAUCAACAAAUGUGCCUUUUGUGAAUUCGACCAAAGAAUCUAAUGCUACUCCAGAUCACUUUAGAAAUACAACAGAGGAGGUUAACACUACGUUAGAGCAGUUUAAAAAUACAACUGAGGAGGAAUCAUUUAGUACAUCUGAACACUUGACAAACACUAAUGAAGUAUUAACCACUACUUCUGAACAGUUAACAGACAUGACUGAAGAGCCUACCACUACUUCUGAGCAGCUGACGAAUACUACAGAAAAAUCUUUCAGUACACCAGAACAGUUCACUAAUACCUCAGACACUUCAACACCUACUUCUGAACAUUUAAUUAGUUCAACAGGAGAAUCAACCAAUAUUUAUGAACAUUUAAAUAAUACUACAGAGAUAUACACUACUACAUCAACACAGUUUACUGAGGUCUUUGAGGCACCGAUCACUACAUCUGAACACUUGACAAAUACAACAGAGGAAAGUAACACUACCUUUGAUCAACUGACAAAUACCACAGAAGAAUCAACAACUGCUUUUGAACACUUGGUAAAUACAUCAGUCGAGUCAAUCACUACAGCUGAAGAGUUAACAACAAAUGUCUUUGAAAACACAACCCCUACUUCUGAUCAAUCGACUUACACCACAGAAGAAACAACGACUGCUUCAGACCAGUUGGCCAAUACAACAAAAAAUUUAGAACAUUUUAUAAAUAAUACUGACGAUUCCAUCACUACAUCAGAGCCCUUGACAAAUAGCACAGAAGAAUCAACUACAUCUGAACAGCUCACGACUAAUGUAUUUGAGGGACCAAUAACUACAAAUCUGGCAAAUAACUCAGACGACAUGACUUCUAGUUCAGAUAAAUGGGAGAGUAGCACUACGGAAUCAACCCCAUGGUUGACAAAUAUAACCGAAGAAUCAGUCACAACUUCUGAAGAAUUAAAAAAUGUCACAGAUGCACCAUUCACUACAACUGAAAACUUUUUCUUUUCAAAUACUACAGAAGAAUCAACCACUACAUCUGAAAGCUCUUCAAAUAUUACAGAAGAAUCAACCACUACAUCUGAAAACUCUUCAAAUAUUACAGAAGAAUCAACGACUACGUCUGAAAGCUCUUCAAAAAUUACAGAAGAAUCAACCACUGCGUCUGAAAACUUUUCAAAUAUUACAGAAGAAUCAACCACUACAUUUGAAAACUCUUCAAAUAUUACAGAAGAAUCAACCACAACGUCUGAAAGCUCUUCAAAUAUUACAGAAGAAUCAACCACUACACUUGAAAACUCUUCAAAUAUUACAGAAGAAUCAGAACAGUUGAUAAAUACAACAUAUGAAUCAACCACGAGUGUUGAGCAAGCUUCAAAUAGCACAAAUGAACAGUUAACUGAUGCUACAGAAGAAUCAACCAAAACUCCUGGUCAGUUAACAAAUAUUACAUACGAGUCAACCACUGUCUCAGAAGAAGUAUUACAGUGGACACAAAACUCAACCACAGCAGAAACAGACAUUAUGAAUACAACCAAUGAAUCUUCUGUUACAUCAGAAGAGUUAACUAAUACAACAGAAAUAUCAACUACACCUGCAGAUCAACCUACAAUAACCACAGAGCAAUCAGCUACUAUUCUAACCGACGCAAACAUUACAUCAGAACAGUGGGCUAAUAGCACACAAGAAUCAAUGACCACUGAACAAUCAACAAGUACCACUGAGCAAUCAACAAGUACCGUUGAGCUAUCAACAAGUACUACUGAACAAUCGACAAUUACUUCUGAACAAUCAACAAGUACCAUUGAACAAUCAACAAGUACCACUGAGCAAUCAACAAGUACCAUUGAGCUAUCAACAAGUACUGUUGGGCUAUCAACAAGUACCACUGAGCAAUCAACAAGUACCACUGAACAAUCAACCACAGAAAAAUCCGUCACAACUGAAGAACUGACAACUCUCCAAGAAGAAUCGACAACUAUCUUAGAAGAAACGACACUUCCAGCAGAGCCUACGACUAUCACACCGGAACAAACAACCGCCUCCACAACGAAAGCAGCAACAGCUUCAAUUCCGUCAAUUCCACCGUUCGAGUGCUACGAAUGCAAUAGUGGAGCCUAUGGCUACUGGCAGAAUAAGGCCUGCCCAACAAGCGGUAAACUGCAAGACUGGGCGAAACAAACGAUCCGAUGCAAUGGCCCAUGCAUUAUGACAGUGACAAGGUGGCCACUCGGAGACGUGAAACGAAGUUGCUCCAACAACUAUUACUUCCCUUUCAAUGUUCCCGCCAAUGGAUGCCGUAGACUCCAAGACAACAGCAUCACCUGCUUCUGCUCUGGGGACCGGUGCAAUGACAAAGACAUGACAAAGGAGCAAGCUUUACUUCUGAGCGAAUUUAGUUAGAGACACGUAUCUAUAAUUAAUUAAUGUUAGCUAAUUAGUUUAAGUCUUGCCUAUUUGCCUAGCCAACAUUUAAAAAAAAAAUCCAUAUCCUUUCAAAUGCCGAUCAAGAUGAAAUUUAGAUCUAGGAAUAGUGUUUAAUGAAACAAACUGAUGAGGUAACAAUAGACAAUCAUCAAUUGUCACCGAGCGAUAUUGAUCUUAGCAUUCUGCUAAGGAAUGGAACCUGGGUGGGUGGGCGGAGAGCAUAUCUCAAAAAUGGCUCUAACUAUUUUCCUAGAAAUGUAACAGUUGAUGUAUAUCGCUGAGAAAAGAAUUAUUAGCUCGUUGGCCACGUGGGUAAAACUCUAGUUUGAUCGUUAUAAUUUUUCAAAGUAAAAACAAAUAAAUGUAAAUUUGGCUACAGGCUAAAUGUAGGUCUAGAUCCUUCAUCGGUUUUGAAAUGACUAUCGCGUUCGGUGAUUGUAAGGCUUUAUUGAUUUAAAAGUUUGAGGAAAAUUGUGCGCAUUGUCUUCUGAGUCAUUGGAAUAUUAAAAGGUGUACUAUAUCUAUACAUUCACUUAACCAGGAUUCUUUCACGGGGAGAAGGGUUAA